AUGUUUGUGAUCGAAAUGCCCCGGUACGGGCACUUCAAUGUCCGAUUACGAGUUAUUAGUGAGGCGGUUCUCAACCCCAAGGGAGCUUGUCCUAUAGAGACGGACAGGGAGGUAACUCCUGCUGCAAUGCUCCUCACCUCCCACGCCCCGCUGCUCCCCCGUUGUGCUCCUCCCUUGCUCCCAUGCCCCGCUGCUCCCUUGCUCUUAUGCUCCCCUGUGCCGUGCUUACGCUUCCACUCCCCCUUCACCCACGCUUUCACUCCCCUUCCCCCACUGUUCCACUCCCCCUUCCUCCACCCUUCCACUCCCGUUCCCCAACGCUUCCAAUGCAACAUGCAUAACUGUUCCAAUCCCCUUCCCCGACGGUUAAUCUCCCAUUCCCCCACGGGAACACUCCCUUUCUCACAUGCUCCCACUCCCCUUCUCCCACGCUUUCACUCCCCUUCCCCCACUGUUCCACUCCCUCUUCCUCCAUGCUUCCACUACCCUUACCCCACUCUUCCAAUGCAAUAUCCCGCACUGUUUCACUCCCCUUCCCCCACUGUUUCACUCCCCUUCCCCCACUGUUUCACUCCCCAAAACCCACUUUCCACUCCCCUUCCCCCACGCUUCCAAUGCAACAUCCCCCACUAUUUCACUCCCCAUCCCCCACUGUUUCACUCCCCUUCCGCCCCUGUUUCACUCUCCUUCCACCCCUGUUUCACUCCCCAUCCUCCACCGUUUCACUCCCCUUCCCCCACCGUUUCACUCCCCUUCCCCCACUGUUUCACUCCCCUUUCCCCACUGAUUCACUCCCCUUCCCCCACUGUUUCACUCCACAAAACCCACUGUUCCACUCCCCCUUCCUCCACCCUUCCACUCCCACUUCCUCCACCCUUCCACUCCCCCUUCCUCCACCCUUCCACUCCCCCUUCCUCCACGCUUCCACUCCCCUUCCCCCACGCUCCCACUCCCCUUCCCCCACGCUUUCACUCCCCUUCCCCCACUGUUACACUCCCCUUCCCCCACGCUUCCAAUGCAACACCCCCCACUGUUUCACUCCCCAUCCCCCACUGCACUCCCCUUCCCCCCCUGUUUCACUCCCCAUCCCCCACUGUUUCACUCCCCUUCCCCCACUGUUUCAAUCCCCAUCCCCCACUGUUUCACUCCCCUUCCCCCACUGUUUCACUCCCCUUCCCCCACUGUUUCACUCCCCUUCCCCCACUGUUUCACUCCCCUUACCCCACUGUUUCACUCCCCUUCCCCCACUGCCUCACUCCCCUCCCCCCACUGUUUCUCUCCCCAUUCCCCACUGUUUCACUACCCUUCCCCCCCUGUUUCACUCCCCAUCCCCCACUGUUUCACUCCCCUUCCCCCACUGUUUCACUCCCCUCCCCCCAAUGUUUCACUCCCCUUCCCCCACUGCAUGAGGCUCCCCUUCCCCCACUGUUUCACUCCCCUUCCCCCACUGUUUCACUCCCCCUCCCCCCACUAUUUCACUCCCCUUACCCCACUGUUUCACUCCCCUUCCCCCACUAUUUCACUCCCCUUCCCCCACUGUUUCGCUACUCUCCCACCACUGUUUCACUCCCCUUCCCCCACUGUUUCACCCCCCUUAUAGCUCUGUCUCCCAUGCUCACCUGCACCCAUGCUCCCAUGCUCCCCUGCACCCAUGCUCCCAUGCUCUCCUGCACCCAUGCUCCCAUGCUCCCCUGCACCCAUGCUCCCAUGCUCCCUUGCACCCAUGCUCCCAUGCCCCUGCACCCAUGCUCCCAUGCUGGUCUACACCCAUGCUCUCAUGCUCCCAUGCACCCAUGCAUCCAUGCUCUCCGGUCCCCAUGGCUCCCAUGCUCCCCUGCUCCCAUGCACCCAUGCUCCCCUGCACCCAUGCUCCCAUGCUCCCCUGCUCCCAUGCACCCAUUCUCUUCUGCACCCAUGCUCCCAUGA